UUUGCCGUCGUGGCUCCGAUCAAGUGGCGAUCUUAAGGCUAUUCUGGUGAUUAUACAUGGCCUCAAUGAACAUAGUCCGUUAGACUCUGUCUGGAUGGUUGUUGGUGUCAGGCUCGUUCUAGAGAAUGAAUCUUUUCCUUAAUGGAGGCACUGGCUUGCAUGAACUGUGAUCCUGGAGUCCUGAAAAUGACCAGUUUCCAGUCCCUAUCAAAUGGUUGCUAUUGUGUGGUAGAUAUACAGAGUUUGCAAAGCAGCUCAUGUCGUGCAACUUUGGAGUAUAUGCAAUGGAUUGGACAGGUCAUGGAGGUAGUGAUGGACUGCAUGGAUAUGUUCCUUCACUAGAUCAUGUUGUUGCCGAUGUUGGAAUUUUACUUGAAAGAAUCAAGUUAGAAAAUCCUGGUGUUCCUAGCUUUCUUCUCGGUCACUCCACGGGAGGAGCUGUGGUUUUAAAGGCAGCUCUACGGCCUCAUAUCGAGGCUCUGUUGGAAGGAGUGAUACUAACAUCACCAGCACUUCGUGUAAAGCCAGCUCAUGCAAUUGUUGGGGCUGUGGCUCCUAUAUUUUCCUUGUUGGCCCCUAGGCUUGCCUUCAAGGGAGCUAACAAAAGGGGAAUACCAGUAUCAAGGGACCCUGCAGCAAUGUUAGCCAAGUACUCUGAUCCUUUGGUGUACACAGGACCAAUUAGGGUUCGCACCGGCCAUGAGAUUCUACGAAUAUCAUCCUUCCUGACUCAGAAUUUAAGCUCCGUUACUGUACCUUUCUUAGUUCUCCAUGGGACUGCAGAUAGAGUAACAGAUCCGUUGGCCUCACAAGAUCUCUAUAAUGAGGCUGCCUCGAGAUUCAAAGACAUCAAGUUGUAUGAAGGCUUCUUACACGAUCUCCUGUUUGAGCCUGAGAGGGAGGAAAUAGGGUUCGAUAUCAUCAACUGGAUGGAGAGGAGAUUACAGCAGCAAAGCUUAAUAUAGGGAAGAAAUGGGGGAAGCAAAUGGUUCCUGGAUUUCCUGGUGAAGGCAUGGCUCAGGAGAUUAUUGUAGCUUGAAUAUAUUGUUCUAUUUUUCUCAUUGUUGAUCCAUUUUUUAUGGUUGAUGUUUGUAAAAGCUUGUGAAUGUAAAUAAAUCUAUUAAUCGUUUGUUAAGAGCACACCUUGUUCUGUUUUUCGUUGUUAUACUGCAAUUGUGCCAAACUCCCAGAUUUAAUAAUAAUUGAUGGAUAAUUAGCUA